GGCGCCGCGGCGGCCAGAGCCGCGGGGGGGCGGGGGAAAGGGGCACCAACAUGGCGGCUCCAUAUUAACUUUCUCCCCCGUUCGGCAGCCGCUGCCGCCGUCCGCCGCCCCCUCGCCCUGGUUGCCGUCAUGCCGGGCAUGAUGGAGAAGGGAGCCGAGCUCCUGGGGGGCGGCAAGAGUAGGACGACCCCCAACGGCACCAAGAACGGCGGCAGCCCCGGUUCCAACGGGCAUUUUUCCGAGGCGGAGAGCAGCGGCGGCGGCGGCGGUGGUGGCGGCGACAGCGGUGACGAGCACGAUGUAGGAAUGAGGGUCGGAGCAGACUAUCAAGCUCGCAUCCCUGACUUUGAUCCUGGAGCUACAAAAUACACAGAUAAAGACAAUGGAGGGAUGCUUGUGUGGUCUCCGUAUCAUAGUAUUCCAGAUGCCAAGUUGGAUGAAUAUAUUGCAAUAGCAAAGGAAAAACAUGGCUACAAUGUGGAACAGGCACUUGGCAUGUUGUUCUGGCAUAAACACAACAUUGAGAAGUCCCUUGCAGAUCUCCCGAAUUUUACUCCUUUUCCUGAUGAGUGGACAGUUGAAGAUAAAGUCCUGUUUGAACAAGCUUUCAGUUUCCAUGGGAAAAGCUUUCACAGAAUCCAGCAAAUGCUUCCAGAUAAGACUAUUGCAAGCCUUGUAAAAUACUACUACUCCUGGAAGAAAACACGUUCUAGGACAAGCUUAAUGGAUCGCCAGGCCAGGAAGCUAGCAAACAGAAAUAAUCAAGGUGACAGUGAUGAUGAUGUGGAAGAAACUCACCCAAUGGAUGGGAAUGACAGUGAUUAUGAUCCCAAAAAAGAAACUAAAAAAGAGGGAAAUAAUGAGCAGCCUGUUCAGUCCAGCAAAAUAGGACUGGGUAGAAGAGAAUAUCAGAGUUUACAGCACCGUCACCACUCUCAGCGUUCCAAGUGUCGUCCUCCUAAAGGCAUGUACCUAACUCAAGAAGACGUAGUAGCCGUUUCCUGUAGCCCCAAUGCAGCCAAUACACUUCUUAGGCAGCUGGAUAUGGAGCUGAUCUCAUUGAAGAGACAGGUGCAGAAUGCUAAGCAAGUAAACAGUGCACUUAAGCAGAAAAUUGAAGGGGGGAUAGAAGAAUUCAAACCUCCUGAGUCCAAUCAAAAAAUUAAUGCCCGUUGGACCACAGAAGAACAACUUCUUGCAGUGCAAGGUGUCCGCAAGUAUGGUAAAGAUUUUCAAGCUAUUGCUGAUGUAAUUGGCAACAAGACUGUUGGUCAAGUGAAGAACUUCUUUGUAAACUACAGGCGUCGGUUUAACUUAGAGGAGGUUUUGCAGGAGUGGGAAGCAGAACAAGGAACCCUGGCUUCUAAUGGUGAUGCUUCUGCUUUAGGGGAGGACACAAAAAAUACUAAUGUGCCAUCAGGGAAGAGCACUGAUGAAGAAGAUGAGGCCCAGAUCCCACAGACCCCUCAAUGUGUAGGGUCUUCUCCACCUGCCCAGGCAUCUACUCCAACACCAGCAACCCCUGUAACAACUCUGAAUCAGCCUCCUCCAUUACUUCGUCCAACCCUUCCGGCUGCUCCAGCUCUCCAUCGUCAGCCUCCACCACUUCAGCAGCAGGCUCGAUUUAUUCAGCCGAGGCCAACCUUGAACCAGCCCCCUCCACCACUCAUCCGCCCAGCUAAUUCAAUGCCUCCUCGUCUAAACCCAAGACCAGCAUUAUCUUCCACUGGUGGCCCACAGCCACCAUCGCUUAUUGGAAUCCAGACAGAAUCACAGUCCCCUCUGCACUAAAGAAAUAGGGCAGAACUAUGGUAACUAACAAAUAAAAUUGUAUCAGUGUCUAUUUUUCUCAGAUAGGAAAGGAAGUGAGCCUUCCGCAGUAUUGAAGCAGUCUUACACAAAAGAGCGAGCAACAGAAAUAAUGUGAAUGGCCAUCUGUAUAAGAGAAACUUCAGUGCAGUUGAUUGUUACAGUGAGACAAUAUCUACGAAGUCGGUCUUCUUACACAGAUAACUUCUUUAAAAGAGAAAAGGUUCAAAGCACUAGGACUUAACUGGUUUUUACUCUAUUUAUUUUAUGAAAAUCUUUAAUACAUGGAAACGAAGCAUCUGACAAGUGUAGGAGUUUCAACUACUGUUGUGAAGCUGGCGGUAAACCUGAUGUUAUUUGGGGAAUUCCUUUUUACAUUUUCCUAUGUUAGGAGCGCAAGCAUUAAUAAGAAGCCUACCAUUCAGAUUCUGACAGAUAUACAAUCACCAACAUUUUAGACUUAUAUUUUCUAGAUUUCUUUAAAAAUGCUUUUCUGCAGAAAAAGUUUACAGUAUGCCUGUUGGAAAAGUUGUCUUGAAGAUCUGCAAAGCUAAGGUACAGAAGUUAACUUAACUGUGUGGUCUUCUGAUACUGGAAGUAUGACUUGCUAGUACAAAUUCUGUGGUAGGCAAUGGACGAGCCAGCAUCUUUGCCUUACAUAAAAAACAAAAUUAACACCAUUAACAGCUGCUGUUACCAUGUGGCUACUGAAGUUGUUGUCUUUUAAAAAUUAUCUUUGUAGUACUGCUUUUACCUGAAAUUUUAUCUUAUUGUGUAAGUUUUGGCAAUAGUUAACAAAGGAUUGCCCGCCUGAAAUUUAUAGGUAUUGGGGCAGUAUAAUAGAAUUAAACAUUAAAAUGUCUUUACCUACCACUGCUUCCUUCUCAGACUACCCCAGUUCAUUUUUUGUAGUUUUUGCCAAUGCAAUUUUUUUCCAUUUUAACUUGAUAUUAAAGCAGAUACCAAAUCAUGCUUUACUAAUUAAUUGGGAGACAGUAUGCAGCUCUGUGUUGACCUCAUAUUUUUAGGCAAGAAAUAUUGAGUAACUGAGGUCUUCUAAUUUGCAUUUCUUCCCAUGUAACUUUCCCCACUUCUUUUUAAAGCAAUGGUAUUUAAUGUUCCAAGUUUAAGGUUUAGGGUGAUAUCUGUGCAGCAUUUGUACCAGCCUCUUGACAAUACUGCAUAUAACAAUUCAAGUGUCAAAACUUAAUCUGUUACAAGGAUUUAUUCCUUAGCUUUUCUCAGUUUUUUAAAGACUUAUUUAAUAGAUUUUUUCCUCCUUUUGUUUGUAGUAUAUUAAGUCUACAUCUCCAUAGUUUUCUUUUCAUACUUUAUCUGUAUUCCCGGCAACACUGCUGGGUUUUAAAUACUGGAUUUUCAAUUUCCAGAGUUCAUGGUACUUCAUGGUAUUGGAACUUUAACCCUCAAUCUGAGGUUCUUCCAAUUACCAAGCACCUGUAUAUGCAUUUGGGCAUAAAUAUCAAAACUACUAGUGAUGCAUUUUCAGUAUUUAAAUAUUUAGAUCAGGUCUCCCAGUGACUUUCUUGUACUUUUUGCUAACUUUUUGUCUUGUCUAUUGUUGCUAGAACUUCAGUAUACUGGAGGUCAGGUGGUGUCAUACAGAUGACGGUUUAGACUAUCAGAGCUGUAACUGGGUACCUGUGCGUUUUGAGUGAGAUUGGUAUGCAGUGUAAUACUGCUUUACAUACACUAUACCACACAGUAAUGACAUGUCUAGCAUUUGUAGUACUGAACAUGUACAUAGCAAAAUGUUGUCCUUUUUUAAAUUGUGUGCUUUCCAGAUUAUGUGCAUACAGCUUGCACGUCCUGUUUUGGGUAGGGGGUUGUGUUAAGCAGUGUUUUUGCCUGGAAGAGUGAUAUGCUUGCUGCUUAAUCAAAGAAUUAAAGUUUCCAAGGAAUCUGUGUCUAUUUUUAUGUACCUUGUAAUGGUUUAAAAUGUUUAGGGCCCUUAUACUGUGAUUCUCUUCUAAAUUCGUUUAUAUUUUUUUAAAAAUUAGAAAUAAAACUAUAUGAUUUUUCAUUUGAAAGGGGUUUUCUUUUUCACCAUAUUAAAAAUAUCCAGUUUGACUUUGUACUGUUGCUACAAAACAAAAUCUAUUCAUUUAGGUUUACUUUUUGUCACUUUAUGAAAUGUAAAAUGUUUGCACUCCCUUUAAGUUGGGCAGAGAAAAAUAUUUCUUACAUUGGUUUUGACAAAUGUAACUUUACAGCUCCUUUUUAUGUACAGUUUUUCAGUUACAAUAAAGAAAUAUAAAAACUUUUAAA